ACUAAGAAGGAGGAAGAGGAAGAACCAUGCCAGUCUGUGUGGAUGUUAAACAGAAUCACACUCCAUUCUGAACAAGUUUCACAGUUUCAACCCUGAGAGCUGCUACUGGUAUUUCUGUUUUUUUUCCCCUCUGGAUGCAGGAGAUGAACAUCACCUAAUGUCAACAUUGAUGAUGUCACUCAGCCUGACUUCUGGACUUGUCCUGUUUUUUCUGCCCAUGGUUUCAGUUGUUGUCUCCAAGCCAAACUGGGUUGUGAAUUACACAUCAAACCACAUCUGUGCUCUAAAAGGAUCGACAGUGACCCUGGGCUGCAGAUAUUCAAAUACAGCUGGUUAUACAGUUCAGAGCGCUUUCUGGACCAGAAAGCUGCUAACAGAUAAAGAACCUCCCGAUCUGUCUUUAGACUCAAACUACAGUGGCAGGGUGCGGUAUCUCGGAAACAAAUUGCACAACUGCAGUCUCCGUCUGAGUGACGUGAGAGUGCGGGACAGAGGCAAAUACUACUUCACUUUUAAUAGAAAACAAAAUAAAGAAAUGUUUCAAGGUAAAGAUGGAGUUGAGCUUUCUGUCACAGAGCUUCAUGUGGAGAUGAAACCUGCUACUGUGGUGGAAGGAGGAAACAUCACUCUCACAUGUACCACUAACUGUAGUCUGACUGACAUUCCGUCAUUCACCUGGUACAGAAAUGAGAGAUUCUCCAUCUCUUCAUCCAGCCCACUCCAUCUGCGAUCAGUCAUCCAGAGUGAUACAGGCAAAUACAGUUGUGCUGUACAGGGACAAAGUUAUCGCUCCCCUGCUCUCACUAUCACUGUCCAAUAUCCUCCAAAGAGAGUCUCAGUGUCCAUCAGUCCAUCAGGUGAGAUAGUGGAGGGCAGUACAGUGACUCUGACCUGCUACAGUGAUGCAAACCCACCUGUGGAGACCUACACCUGGUUUAAGGUGAAUGAAAGCUCACCUGUAGGAUCCGGACAGAGUUACAGCUUCACGCUGAGCUCCAGCAGCAGUGGAUGGUUUUAUUGUGUGGCUCAGAAUAAAUACGGGAGUCAGAGAGCAGCUGCAAUGCAUCUCACUGUAAAAGAAGACGGAGGUGUAGUUCUGUAUGGAGUUCUUUAUAGAGUUGUCUGCGGAUUGUUGUUUGUCAUCAUUGUGGCGUUGUUCAUAAGGUAA